AACGAAAGUCUGGGUGUAAUUAAUUAUAUUCCAUGCGGAUUUGAUGUAGCUUUUGCGACACUUAUGGUGAUUUUGAGUAUGGAGAGACUAGUCACAUGUGUCAGACUUUAGACCUAAACCACAAAUGACAGGUAUAAAACUAAUGCUCCGGAUUCUUUAGUUUUACUGUAGCUCUGCCUUUAGUGGUGCGACCUUGUUACCGCCGCUGCCAUGCUGCCAUUGGGGAGUCCAGAUCCGAAAAGACCAAGACUGGACUGGAAGUUUCUGCAGAGGUUCUGCAGCAUUCUGAAUUUGCUUUUUCCUAGGUGGUGCAACAAGAAUGUGCUCAUGUUUUGGACACUACUUGGAAUUGCUUUGUUAGUUCAACUGGUAAUUUAUCAGGUGGGUCUAAUUCCAAGCCAGUUCUACAGUGUCCUGUCCAAGAAAGACUAUGGCAAAUUUCAAGAGCUAGUUAUGAUUGCGAUUUUGCUCAUCAUUCUCAACUCUGCUCUAAGAAGUUUGGAACAAUACAUAUGCAGUCUGCUGUACAUAAGCUGGAGAAAGUCUUUAACUGAGGGUCUUCAUAAAGAAUUCUUCAGUGGAUGGGUCUACUAUACACUCAACGUGCUCCAGAAAGACAUCGAUAACCCAGACCAGAGAAUAAGUCAGGAUACUGAGAAGCUGUGUAAGCAGUUGAGUAAUAUGGCCAGUCAACUGGUCAUUUCCCCUUUUAUUAUCUCGUACUACACCUACCAAUGCCUGAACAGCACAGGUUGGGUUGGAUUCAUCAGUAUCUUUGGCUAUUUUGUGGUAGGGAGCAUUACCAACAAGAUUCUGAUGGGACCAAUUGUGUCAACUUUGAUUCAACAAGAAAAGCUAGAAGGAGACUUUAGAUUUAAACAUAUGCAGAUCAGAGUCAAUGCAGAAUCAGCAGCUUUCAACAGAGCAGGAAAGGUAGAACACAUGAAAACUGAACAAAGAUUGCAGAGUCUCCUGCAUACUCAGAAGAAGCUGGUGACCAAGGAACUUUGGCUCUAUAUUGGAAUGAACACAUUUGACUAUUUGGGAAGCAUCCUAAGCUACAUUGUUAUUGCCAUACCCAUCUUUGCGGGCAUUUAUGAUGAUAUGACUCCAGUUGAAAUAAGUGCUCUUGUGAGCAAGAAUUCCUUUGUGUGCAUGUACCUUAUUAAUUGUUUUACUAAGCUUAUUGACCUAUCCAGUACAGUCUCAGAGGUUGCAGGAUACACCCACAGGAUUGGUGAGCUAAGGGAAGUGAUGAAUGACAUUUGUAAGAAGCAGUGUGGCUUUGUUUUGGGAGAAAUGUCUGACACUGACAGGUAUGGGGAAAAUCUUAACAUGGCUAGUGAUGCUGUUGUGCUGGAUCAAGUGUCAUUUAAGUCUCCUUUCUCAGAAGAGGUGCUGGUGAAAGACCUAAGUCUCAGGAUUUGCAAGGAUACUCAUUUAAUGGUGGUAGGCAACACAGGCACAGGAAAAACAUCGCUCCUAAGGGUCCUUAACCUUCUGUGGGAAGUAUCCAAUGGUUCUGUUAGGAUAAAAACAUGUUUUGGACCAAGGGGCAUCCUGUUCCUGCCCCAGAAACCUUACCUGACUGAUGGCACCCUCCGAGAACAGGUGAUCUUUCCUUUGAAGGACGUUUAUCCAGAAAUGGGUUUUGUUGAUGAUGAGAGAAUUUUGACAUGCCUGGAAAUAGCUGGAGUGAGAUGUCUUCUAAACAGAACAGGAGGUCUAGAUGAGAGAGUAGAUUGGAACUGGUAUGAUGCUUUAUCACCCGGCGAGAUACAGAGACUCUGCUUUGCUAGACUUUUCUACCUCCAACCAAAAUAUGCAGUGCUAGAUGAAGCCACCAGCGCUCUGACAGAAGAGGCAGAGGAACAGCUGUACAUUGCUUGUAAGCGACUGGGCAUGACUCUUAUUAGUGUAGGCCAUCGCACCAGCCUAAGAAAGCAUCAUGAUGUCCUGCUACACCUGUGUGAAGGCGGUCAGUGGAAACUUUCCAAUUUGGAAAUGAGUUGAUUCUAUUGCCAACACAAGAUCUUCAUUUAAAGAUGAACAUUGUGAUAGACUGAACAUUCUUUCAAGACCUGAUAUUUUCACUGUGUAAACCUAUUAUUUAUUACAUCACAGUUUCAAACCGUUUGUGACACGGAUGAUUCAAUUAAAAGAAAUUUUUUUUUUAUUUAAAA